AUGGAUCUUCCGAUCGCAAACUGUACCAUUCUCUGGCGGGUUGCACAAAAGGUUUCCAUGGAAAAGGCCACUGAAGAAUGGAGAAAGGCAUUCUCGAAAGCUGGCGCAAGCUAUGAUGGUAAAGUCGAUGAAAAAGGACGAAUCAAGAUUAUUGAGGAAGCAUUCCGCAUUCUCGUCCGAUGCAUUGAUUCCGCACAGCAUACCACGACCACUCCAUUGACUGCAAUGCAACACCAACUGGGCGCCACUGCCGCGCCGCAUGACGUGAACGACAUCGAAUCCGCCGCAGCUCGAAUCCCCGAACCAGCCAAGAUGACUCUCAAGUCCCUCACCGUCAAGAACAUUGUUGAUGAAUUCUCGAGCAUGGAGGCCACAGAUCAUUUAGCCCAACUCGUCACUGGAGUAGAGGAAGCCAUUUCCAGACGGGACAAGUUCAUCGUCGAUCAGCUACACAAGGAGGACGCCAAAAUCAACAAGGAGCUUUCCGGACUCCUCAAGGAAAAAAGGCGACAUGAAAAGGCGGAAGAAGUCCGUCUUGGGAUUAAGAAGCUUGGAAGCUGCCUCGACGUCCUCGAUGACGAUGACGAACCUCUGCUACUUCACAGUGGCGCAAGGCGAGCUCUGAAUACGCUCGAGGAGGAAAUCAAGAAAUUACCCACGAAACGGCCCAGGGACUGUGAAUCGGAGUCAGCAGCCCUCAGAGCAAAACAAAAGCGGAUCAAGACACAAGUUGGGCUUCUCGCGCAGACAGAACUUACCGUUUCUGCCUCGGAACACCUCAAAAUUUAUUAG